AUGGCUCAAGAAGACCAUGGGCAGAGUCACGGUGACUCUCCCAAUAAUCCUACAAUUUCUGCCCCGACAUCGAAGUCUUCUUCUCUAGCUCCCAUAGUUACAUCUGUCACCGCUCCUCCAGCUUCCAACACGACUGCUGGACCUCUCAACACUGCUGCUGCCGAGACGACACUACCACCCAUCACCGAGCUUGCUUCAGUGCCGUUCACGGCUGCGGACCGCCCGACCGCCUCGACGACCGCUCCAGUUCCCACCUCUACACUCGCCGCAUCCUCCGAAUCCGCACCCUUCGCCGUCUCUUCUUCCGUGCCGUCUCCCACGCCAGCCUCGGCUCCUGCUGCCUCUGCCGCUCCGCCCGCGGUUCCUCAGCAGAACGGCGACAGCAGGGCCCCCGAGGCUGCUUCGACACCCACACCCAACUCAGAAAUGUCCAACCAGCACCCAGGGCUACCUCAUGGUCAGCAUGUGAGCUAUCCGGGCUCCUCGAUGCCUUAUGCGUCCUCGGCAGGCCAACCAGCCGCCCAAUAUGCCCCUUAUCCUGUAGUCACAAGUCAAGCAACGGAGCCAUACAGACCGAGUCCUAUGCCCGUCAGUAUGCCGCUGCCUAGCAUGAGAACAAUCGAAAACCCACAUGGACCUCCGGUAUCUAAUCCGCAGGGCAUGCCGAUGAACAUGCAUAUGGCGCCCACGUCAGGCGGUGUGCCAUUCUAUAGCCACCAAGGCAUGCCGAUGGCAAGCUACGGUCUUCCCGAUUCCAUGGCUCGUUAUGCUAUUCCUCACGAUCCGAGGCUUCUGGGUCACAGGGGACCGAAGAAGUGCGAUGAAACACACCCGACUUGCAACAACUGUAAAAAGUCGAAGCGCGAGUGUCUCGGUUACGACCCCAUUUUCAGACAACAAGCGGGUGGACAAUCAUCUUCCAAUAUCCAGCCUGCGCCCAGCCAAAGGACUCCUCCCACAGUUCCAAGCUCUGUGCCUUCAACUGUCCCUUCGUCGAUAGCGCCCAACACUGCCCUUACCGCUCGACCAACGAACUCAUACGGCAGCCAGCCAUCUAUGCUCCCAAGCUCGUAUGCAACAGCUCACGCGACAACAGCAAGCCCUAACCCGUCUAUCACCUCGCUUAGCUACGACUCGAGUUUUUCCAACGUUGCAUCUCCUCCUGUCAAAUCCGAGUCGACAUACGAGUAUCCGCCCGCAAUCGACCCAGCCCUUCAAGGAUUCUCAUCAACCUCAAACGCGGAAAGCUCUAGAGCGAUUGAACAAAGGCCUCUUGCUGACAACAACCAACAUCUUAGAGGUGGCGCCCCCUACUAUUGA